UCCUCUUCCUCUCCGCAGAGCCGCUGAUCCAGUUCGCACCUGCGGCCUGAGUCUACCUGUGGAUCCGGCAGCAGCGGCAGCAUGGGGGUCUCCGCGUCCAGCCUGCUGGAUGAAGCCAAGUCCGACUACAUCAGAGGCCAGGCGCAGGCCGAGCUGAACGACUUCGCUCCGUACUACAGGAAGCAGUUCUUGGUGGCCCGGUUCGCCCAGGUGGAGGACGAACUGGAACAGAACCAACAGCAGAUCACUCAGCUGCUCAAGCAGAAGGAGGCGCCAGAGGAAGCCAUCGUCCUCUACGAAGACGCCGUGUGGUACUUUGAUGAAAACAGGAAGUGGAGGGAGCGGUACGUUGUGGUGAGAGCGAACUACUGCCUGGAGUGUCAUGAAAGCCUGCAGUCUUAUGUUAAAGGAGCCAACGCAUUUUACAAGCUGCUGCCUACAGGGGGCACUGUUCUGACCACAGAGGAGACGUACAUGGAGAUGGUGGACAAAUGCUACCCUGAUGACAGCAACCCUGUGAAAUCUAUCCCGGCUCUAAUUGACUGUGUCAACAAAUUUGACAUGAAGGAGGAAUUCGCUCCUCCUCUGUCGGGGAUGCCGGGGCAGUUCCCGGUCUACCUGCGCCUGCCCUACAGGAGGGAUUCCUACUUCUGCUUCAAGCAGGAGGCCAAGCAGGCCGCCUUCAUCUCCUUCCUGUCGGACUGCAUCAAGCACCAGAACCAAGACUUCCAGAAGAAGAAGACGUGUGAAGUCCAGGCGUUCCUGAAGGCCAUCCAGCUGCUCCGCCAGGACCGGGGCCAGUACGAGGCCUGGGGCAUGCUGAUCGGCAGCGACGUGCGGGUGAUGGCCAACCUGGUGAUGGAGAAGCUGCUGCCGUCGCUGGGGAAGGACCUGCUGCCUCGCCUCAAAGCCAGGAAGACUGACAGGAAGAAGGCUUGGUUCAUCACGAUGGAGGCGGCCUACAUCCUGGUCCAGGAGCAUCUGCUGGAGGGCCUGACGGCUCUGAAGGAGGAGUGCAAGGUGUCCGUCCGGCAGCAGGAGGUUCUGAUGGACAUGGACCAGAUCCUCAACGCCAGGCGGCAGCUGGAGGAGAAGAUCCGAGUCAAGGUCUCUGCGCCGGCGGAGCAGCUGUGCUCCGAGUCCGUCCAGCCCUACCUGGGCUCGGUUCUGGAGGAGCUGAUGGAGCCGAUCAGCUCCGGCUUCAUGGACGGCCGGCAGCUGAUGGAGACCAAGAUGGACGAGGUGUGCCAGGCCGUCCUGCAGGGAGCAGACAACGACAACCUGAAACAGGCUUUGGGUGAGAUGGCGAGACCGAACCUGCUGGACUGCUGCCUGAAGAUCAGCUCCCUGCAGGACAAACUGAAGCACCUGCAGGAGCGCUUUGGGUUCAGCACCAUGACGGCGGUGACCCACGGCGCUCAGAUCGACCUGCAGCAGCUGAUGGAGAACGCGGCGUACACCCUGGAGCUGAUGCUGCAGAAAGCCAUGGAGGACAACCCGGAGACGGCCGGCGCUGUCAUGGACAAGGCCAAGCACAGGAUCCUGAAGCAAUUCGACUACGACAGCAGCACAGUGAGGAAGAGGAUCUUCCAGGAAGCCCUGGUCUCCAUCAUGCUGCCCUUCAUCAAGAAGAACCUGGUCGACUCCUGCAAACCUGAGCUCCAGGGUCUGGAACAGACCAUCUACACUGACUACGCCAACUUCAUCCACGUGGAGAACGUCUAUGAGAACAUCCUCCUGCAAAUCCUGGACAAGGAGGUCUCUAAGGUGGUGAAGGAAGCCGCCAGCCUGCAUAAACACAACCUGUUCCAAGAGAGCAGCCGCGCCAGCCUGUCCUCCGUCUCCACGCCCAGCAGCCCCGCCCCGGCUUUGGCCUCCUCCGUCAGAUUCCCGUCCCAGACUCCUCCGUCUCCCCUGGCCGCCAACGGGCUGCCCCCCAGUCCCACAAAGGGGGCGGAGCCAAAGAGGGAGAAAGUAGGAGAAGAAGUCCUGCAGGCAGCGGAUUGGCCAGACGCAAAGCUGCCAGCAGGCGAAGGAACCCAAAACGACCGAACGUUGAAGGUAGAAGGGAUCAGCUCAGCAGACCCGAAACCUCCGUCAGCCGAGACUCUGGACCCAUCAGAAUCACAGAUCCAGGAAAAUCUCUCCGUCCAAGCAGAAGAAUCCAGAACCCAGAGAACAGACCAACAAGAGGCAGAAACCACUUCAUCAGAACCUCCAGCUGUUUCUCCAGAACCUCCUGCUGACCCUCCAGAAGUUCCAACUGCUGCAGAACCUCCAGCUCCAGAACCUUCUUCUCCAGAACCUCUGGCAACUGUAGAGCCUCCAGCUCCAGAACCUUCCGUUGUUUCAGAAGCUCCAACUCUGGACCAAACCGAUGAACCCGUGAAUCUUCCAGCAGAAGAACCCGGAUCCCAGGCUGCAGCCGCCAGCCAGCAGCCAUCAGCCAUGCUAGCGGCUCCCCCUGGUGGUGAAGAAGCAGAAGACGUCGGCCUGAAGCUGCAGCUGAAGACGGAGGACGCAGAAGGAGGAACCGCCUCGGAUCCCAACUCCCUGGCCGUCUCAGUGGGAAGUGACUCUCCACGGUCCGACCCGGAGUCCACAGGAGGAAUCUCAGAAACUUCGGAGCUCCUGGAGGUCCAGUCGGCGCUGAGCCCAGAGGAGACAUCCGAGGACCAAACCUCAGUGGGAGAACCGUCCAUCGAGGCUCAGACCGGAGAAGUGGAGGCCGGAGCCGGAGCCACGGCGGAGAGUCCAGCAGAACUGGACGGUGCUGCUUUCUCUCCGCCGGCCGGGAACGGUCCCGGCGAGCCCGACGUCCAGCCGCUGGACUGCGUGAAGGAGAUCCGCAACCUGGUGGUGGAGGUGAUCGAGGUGGAGGAGCCGAUGGAUUGCUUUCCCAAAGAGGAAUGAACUGAUGGUGGGGGGAUCCAGAACCAGAACCGUCUUAAACUCCUGCAUGAAGAUAUAAUAACUUAUUUAAACAAAUCAUUUAUCAGGUUUUAGCUGGAAGCUACUUUAGGAACUUUUGGACUUUUUAUGCUGGAAACUUUUCCAAACUGUUUGGCUUCAUCAAACAGAGUUCUGCAGAACUUCACCGGGUUCUUGCCGGUGAAGUUCUGCAGGAACCCAGUGAUUCUUUUCCAUCCGACCGGGUCCGGAACUCCAGGAUACGACGGCAUUGAUAGAAAAAAAGAAGAAGGAAAAAAAAAGCAAAUUUCCAUGAAAAAAAUCUCAGAAACGUUCAAGAAAAAAAGAAAAGAUUUCUGAUUCAAAAAUCUAAAGUUUCAGAGUUCUGAAACUCAGUUUUUUCUCUCAAAAAUUGCUGAUUUUUUUUCCAUCAAAUUUUGACUUUUCAAACCCAGAAAAAACAAGAAUAUUUCUGCUGGAAAUUUAGAGAUUUUUCUCGUAUUUGUGAGAUUAAUUUUAAAAUUCCUUUUGCUUUGUAGCAAAUUUUCAAAUUCAAUCAUUUUUUCUGGAAAAUUAAUCUCCAAACAUGAGUUUUGUCAGGAAUGUACUCCUUUACUGCCGUCGGACCAGCAGCUGACCGGAGCCAAGAAAUGUUCAUCACUCACCUGCUUCCCGACGUUCCAGGACCAGAUUCCUGCUGUUCCCACUGAAUCCUCCAGAUCUGGAUAAAGUUGAUCAGAUUUGCUGGUUUCAUUGGAUCCGACAUGAGGAAUCCCAGCAGGAACUGAAUUCAUGUUUUACCAGAACCGUCUGGUUCAGGUGCAGCAUUCUGGGACCAGCUGGUUCUGCUCCGUGGAUAAACUGGAUUUAGUGGGAAUUUAAAACACGUGGUGCCUUCGCUGCCCCUCCUGUGGCCUUAGAGGGAGGCUGUUGCCAUGGAGACGGGUAUGGGCAGCUUUCUCACAAAAGUGCCUGCAUCGGACCGGUUCUGUUCUCCCAGUAAAGCAAACGCAGCAGGACGAUGACGAUGUCUGAGUUUUUAUUUCUGGAAUCAUGAAGUCAUUUUUCAGUUCUAGAUGAAUCAGAUUUUACAUUCAGAUGAACUGAAGCUCUGCAGGCAAAACGGUGCAGUUUAGACCAAUCAGCAGGAUUCUGUUGGGUUGGGUCAGAACCAGAACAUGUCCUCCUGGUUCCUGAACCAACAGACAUCUGUAUUAAAGUUUAACAAUAAAAGCAUGAAGGUUUCA